AUGGUGCAUUUUACCGCCGAGGAGAAGGCUGCUGUAGCCAGCCUGUGGGGCAAGGUGGACGUGGAAGUGGCCGGAGCAGAGAUCCUAGGGAGACUCCUGAUUGUCUACCCUUGGACACAGAGAUUCUUCGAUAAUUUUGGCAACUUAUCCUCUGUCUCUGCCAUAAUGGGUAACCCCAAGGUCAAGGCGCAUGGUAAGAAAGUGAUGACCUCUUUUGGAGAAGCCGUCAAGCACAUGGAUGACCUCAAGGAUGCCUUUGCUAAACUGAGUGAGCUGCACUGUGACAAGCUGCACGUGGAUCCUGAAAACUUCGUGCUUCUCGGAAACAUGAUAUUGAUUGUCUUGGCAACCCACUUUGGCAAGGAAUUUACCCCCCAAAUGCAGGCAUCCUGGCAAAAGCUGACAAGUGCUGUGGCUAGUGCUUUGGCCCAUAAGUACCACUAA